AUGUUUUGUGUAAUCAUUAGCAUUUUUCGGUGGAUCUGGCAGGAAAUGCUACUUCCUAAUGUUAUUUUAGGGAUGGCAGCGCUUGUCACAGAUGGUGUAGAGGCGUGGCGAGAGAUGGGACAGACCCUUUACGUAUUAUUCUUUUUCUUUAGGGGGAAAAGCCAUCGAAAGUUUCCCCUUUCAAAGAAUUUGCUUGCCGCCUGCAGGGAGAAACCGAUCGAGAAGCAGUGUCGCUCUAGGAAGACUAGUAAUAAUGUAAGUAAGGGGUUUUCCACAGGAGGUGGCACUUCUGGGGCCCCAUUUGACAAGACCGAUUUCUUGACAACCGAGUAUGACUCACAUAGUUCAUGUAAUACCAACAUGAGGGGCACAUGCAUUUGUGACAGGACUGAAGCUAUAUGCGAUUCUGCGGAUAUCAACAACGAUACCUCUCAAACAAAUGCUCUGCACGAAGUUCAGCUACUCACGUCGGAUAAUGUUGAACGUAAACCGAAGCCCUUGGUAGCUGCAUGUAAAGAUAUUGAUCCGAGUACUGCAUCCAAGAGGGGUAGCCGGGCCGUAUCCAUCCAGCGGCGUAUUCUUCUUGGUAAAAAGGGUGAGCAACAAGUGUGUCUAGGCGAAGUUAUUGGAUCUAUUCUCGUCCCUUUUGACUUUCCAUUGAAUUACUCUAAAACUUUGCACACGCUAGUUAGCUGUGUUAUCGGACCUAUCCAACAGCCCAGCGUGUCGACGCUGCCGACACGCCACCCUGCACCACAGUGGCCACCUCACUACGUACGCAACAACACUGCUACAAACAGCUCAAUCAGUAAAGGCGGCUUGAUACCGGCCGUAUCCUCGUCUGAGUACAGCGAUCGCCGUCUUGAAGUGCAAGGUGACACCAACUCUAGCGCCGCUGAUGGGUUCACCUCGUCAUCCGCUUGGGGCUCACAGCAGCCGUUUAGGCAGGCGUCUAAUGUAGUCUACCGCCGCGUGAGUGCUCGAAAGCUUGAUUUUCGUCCUAGUAGAGCUUUUCCAGCCCAUCCUAUCGCAUCUAUUACGGCCCAUCACGUUCUUUCUUACCAGGCUACAAGACAGAAAGUGUUGGUGAUGGAUCUUGAUGAGACAUUAUGCUACGUAUCGACAUCCACAGCUAACAUGAUCGGCCCCCCUACAUUUUCUGAGGUCAUCCCAACCGCUUCCGGGGCAGAGCUUUUUCAUGUAUGGGUACGUCCCUACGCCCGUAUUUUCCUGACCACGAUGGCCAAGCUCUUUAAUAUUGCACUCUUUACGUCCGCUUCGAAGUCGUACGCUGACACCAUCUUGAGUCGAAUAGACCCCGACCAUAUUGUAAAGGAACGCUACUAUCGUCAGGAUUGUCGUAUUUUUCCACGCGGUGCAUUUGCUAAGACUUUACGUGAGCGGCGGCAUGUAGCUACAGCAACAUGCAGUGCAUUCGGUAGAAACUCUUCUGACAACAACACACAUCCCCCUAGCGCCGUCGGGGACAGACCUUCGAUACUCUCUGCAGCCACAGGCUUUACCGAUGAAGCCAGCUAUACUGACAAAGGUUCCUUAGACCACAGCCUCAGGCCGAGCUUCAAUGAGAAUUCUAAAGUUCUCAUCAAAGACCUCCGAGUGUUGAAGGUGCCUUCAGAACUAUUGGUACUGAUCGACAAUUCUGAAGAAUGCACAUUGCUAAAUCGUGACAACGCCCUUAUUAUUAUGCCGUAUAUUCCGUCUAUGGACCUUCAGAAAGCUCCCCGCAAAGUCAUCAAGGACUGUAGCGAUAAUUGUGCCACGUCCAGUGGCAUUGUAGGGGGCAAUGGCAUGGUGGGAUGUGGGGAUCCGGAAGAAGACGAAGUGCUUCUCAGCCUCAUCACGUUUUUGGAGGCGUUGCUUGUGGUCCCAGACGUGCGAUCAGUUCUUCGUCACGGGAAGGUGUUCUAA